AUGAUUUUUCCAUUUUUUGCGAUAUUAGUUUUAAUAUUCAUAAUUGUGAUUUUAUUUGAAACUCAGAAUUAUCCUAUUAUAUCCAAAACUGACCCUUCUCUUCGGAUAGCAAUUGUUAUGGUUUUCUCCAAAAACACUAAUUUGAAAAAUUAUGAAAUUGCACUGCAAACUAUCAAAUGCUAUUGUAAAAUUCACAACUAUACCUUUGUUCAGCUUUUGGAUACAGACUUCAAUUGUCCACAUAAGGAUAAGUUCUUCCGACGCCAUUGUACAGUCGCAAAAGUUUUGCCGUCUUAUGAUGCCGUUCUUUUUUUAGACGCCGAUAUUGGUGUGGUGAAUCCAAAGCGGAAAAUCGAGGAAUUUUUAGAAGAAGGGGUCGACGUAACAUUUGUCAAUAGGUUUUACAAUUGGGAGAUUUCAGCUGGAUUUUAUUUAGCAAGAAAUACACAAUACGCAGUGGAUUUGUUGAAUGGAUUUGCCAACUACGAAUUCAAACUUCCUUUUAGCUUCCAUGGAACUGACAAUGGAGCCCUUCACAUGUACCUAGCUGAGCACCUUUUCCCCGACGCGUCCGCCGAGUCCAAUAUCUGCAAGAAAGCUUACAGCGAAUCGAAAAGCUAUCGGGACCUUUUCACGUUUGAAGCCUGCAUAAAGUCAUUAUUUGGAGUUGGAACUCGUUUUGGGAAAGUUCGAAUUAUGAAAAAAGUAGUUUAUUUGUUCAUUUUUUGUUUUAAAAAUACGCAAUUUCGGGGAACCGGAUGGGCUCGAGACGGAUGGCUCACCUCAAUGAUGUGGCACCCGGACCUAGAUUUUAUGAUUCAUGGAUGGAAAACUAAUCAGCUACGGAAAACUCCAAAUAUGACAAUGAGACCGGUCCAAAUGGGACGAAGUCAGUGGUACAACCCGUUGGCUGGCCCGACUGAUCUGGAAAAAUGUGGGCCACACAACUCUACAUGGUCGUAUGAUCCACGGAUGUUGGGGAACAAGGACAGAAUUGUAGACAGUCUGAGAGCAUUCGAACAGAAAAUUGCAUUGGCUCAAGUUAGAUCAUACUCGAGACUGGAAUGGUUAUUAUCACAUUGA